AUGGCACUUUCUCGUUUGUGUCGUUCGGUUUCGAGCGAAUUUCUGGUAAACGGUGAGCCGUUAUCUAGGAUUUGCCGAUUUCCCCGCGAAAUAGAAAAACGAUUCAGAUAUAUUUACAAGCUACGUUUGUCAGUGUGACGCCGUCUCCGGAAUUUAUCGAAGAAUGCUUGACGACUAGGGAAUUUGUGUGCCUUUUGUCUUUACCACUCUACGAGGACUCUUCUCCCUCAACCAUUUUGCCCUGCCCCCAGAAAAUUGACUUAUUCAGGCGACGGUUGCUAACUUGCCACCCUAACCAGCGGUAUGUUGCAGACGAUAGCGGAGAUCGCAAUCUUCCCGUUCGUCUGGUAUUCGCAUCUUUCUUUAGGAAAAUUGGUUCCAGUGUCUUACGCGGGCCCGCUGAAGGCAGGUCGGGGCUCGUGAGAGUGCUAGAACUUUCGAGAUUUUGCUGGCUCUAUGUUCUGUUUACUGGGUGUCAUCCAAAGCCCUCUGGAUUUUGUCGGCCCACAGGAAACUUGUCAUAUUGCUGCCGUUUAUGCAUAAUGCGGUUGAGUAAGACGAAAAGAGAAGCGUAGCUAAGACCAUUUUCUGCCCUUACUCAAUUUAAAAGUGUCGACACGCGACUCUUGCGUCGUAAAGUUGUUUACAGAUCUUCAUUCAAAUGCAUUAGAAGCUUAAGUUCCAGCAGUCCAUACACAUGCAUCUCUGCGUAGCAUUGACGUCCCUGUAUCGGAGGAACUCAAUUCACUCGUCUCCAGUUAGGAAAAACCUAACACUGAAUGCCCAACAGCUUCACCUUCGGAGCCCUGAUCGACCAUAUCAAGCGGCGCUUUACACUAAUCACCACCACGUAGCGGUUAUCUUGCAGUAGUUAGCCGACAACUGGAUGCUGGUUCAGCACUGGCAAGCCGAAAAUAUUUUUCCUUGAUCCAGCCAAUGACUUAUGCACGGACGUAAGCGAAUAUGCGAGGCCCACGUUCUUUUUUCAAAGAAGAUGAACGUGCAGUCACUGCGCCAGUACGUAUAUUAGUGUGAACUUUCGGUCUCGUACAGUAGACCGCCGUCGGGGCUGUGAGAAUACGGCGUCAAAUGAGCAGUUUUAUAGUCAAAAAAAAUAAGGGCGAGGAUAGGAACGUGGGGGUGGUGUUCGUGAUAGGGCUGUCUUAAAUCAAAUAAAAAGGGGAGCAAAGACGCAUUUAUGUCGGACGGUUGCGGGAGCUUGCUGUAGGCUGUUUCGAUAAUAGUAUUAAUAAUAGUGGUGCUUGACCACGGAAAGUCGAGAAAGCAUGUGAGUUGUUCGCACCAGCCCUCGACUUUUGCCGAGUUGUCGGUUAUAACCAGCACCCUUAUCGCUGACGAACCCCCUCUACAAGAGACCUGCCAACAACUUGAGAGCUAAGUAGGUAGAGCUUUUACUCGGCAGCAACGUUCGAGGACCACACCGUGGAAUUUUUGACAUGCGUACUAUCCUUUACAGUCUUCUCUGACGGACUAAAUCCUGUCGAGUUGGCGGGAAGAUUCGUCGUCCUGCCUGACUUCGGUUUUUUGAGCAAAAAACUCGUGCUUUCGAGCUGAUCCCAUCGCCAUGGCUGUGGUCGAGAAGUCGGGGCAUUCUUCAGUUGUCUCUCCGUCCCAUUUUCUCAAUUCUGAUCGUUUGCUCUUGCAUUCUUCAGUUCUAGUCGCAUAGCAAGACCUAAAUUUAGUCCUCCGAACCUUGGUUAUGUGAACUUGUUGUGACUUUUUAACGUCCAGACGUUUAGAUGGAGUCUUCGUAGUCGCGGUUGAGGAUUCGCGUUCCAGACGUGUGUGAACGAGCUUGUUAUCUCGACCACAAGUUCUCCGUUUCUGAGUCGUACGUUUACCUCCUGUCACGCAUCAAGCUGUGGAGUCGUAUGCUACCCAGGAUGUAGUCCAGCUGACAGCAGGUUUGCAUAUUCGUGUGUCGACGCCGAAGUCUUUUGGGUGUGACAGACGGAAGAUUGUAGUAGGCGAAACUUCACGGUCGAUUUACCUCUGUUGCCUCAAGUGCCAAGAAUACGUUUGGCAGUUUCAUGCAUCAGACCGCUCCUGUCACUAAUGGUGGCGGUCAGACAACGGCGUCUCUUCUGUAGAGGCUUUGAUGCAAGGGAAACUUCGCACACCGACGUAAUUCGUCGAACACCAUCCUUUUGAGGAAAAAAUGUUGAUUGCGGAGCAUACCGCACGACGUCUGUGGAAAGGCUAUUCAACCGACGCCACAGAGCAAAGCAAGGUACGUUUUAUCCGGGUGAGAGGGUGCUGAAAAAAGACUACGAGGACAGUCAAGAAGAGUGGAUGCUUGUACAUGUUCGCCAAAAACGUUCUGACGUUGUCCACGAGAUUCUGGUCAAUCAGACAUUUGGGUGCGUCAUGCAGUCAGCUGUGACACACUGAAUGCCUUGACAUGCCAAGUCCAGACUCAAAUCUAUCUACAGGACAGUUGUUUUGCCGAAACUUAGGCAAGCAACCACAGUUUCGGUGUCAAAAGGUCUUCUUCAAUCACUUAGAUGAUCGAGCCGAAAACGAACGUAAACGGUACCAUUUCUAGUGAACCCGCGACUCAAACCGUAUCAUCCAAUUCAAAAGGAGGGAAUUGUUAGGAGGAGCCGUUUUAACCGGCUCGCUCAAACGUCCUAACGGGCUGUCUGCACGCCCUGCGCGUACUGAUAUCGCGCCAGCUCCUGACAGGACUAGAGGUUUGCACAGCCAGACAGAUUAGUUAGAAGUCCAGCAGACAGGUUAACCACUCAAGGACAGUAUCUGACCGAUCCAAUUCCAGUCCAGCCUCGAACAUUCCCAUAUGUUCCUUUGAUCGCAUUAUAUACUCUGUUGGAUUAAGUCAGUACACUUCUUUUCUUCCGCGCUUGUUGUUGGACUCUGAUUUUGAAACUCAAGUAACAAGAGUUGUUGGACAGGUGACUAGCGAAGCGUGUGACAAGUAUACAAAAAGGGAAACAUACUCACGAGUGCAGGAAUUGGCUGAAAUACUCCCCCGUCGUGUUCUGCUGAUUGUUGCUGAAAACUGGAACGGCUGGACUGGACUCAGCGAUUCUUCAGUCACCCUAUUGGCUGCUUUGAGCUUAGAUCUCGGUGCACCUAUGGUUAGAGAAUGCUGAAUGUUUCGAUCCAAAUCGACCUUCUCAUAAACACAUGCUUCCAGCAUUGCUGCAAAUACAUGUUAGCCUGGUAUUCAAAUUAAGCCCAUACAGACAGUCAAAACGAUUGAAUUUCAGUUGGUUCAAGUUUCCACAGCUGGACUCACAAAAACAGAUCGAUGCGUUGUGCCGAAACUAAUAACAGCCACUAGUUGGGCCAGGUUCUCGUUCACACACCCGAAAGUUCACUCCUCAUCCGCACCAAAAUUUUCACGUGCAAGACGCCUCGGUGUCGCAAAACUAGGACAACACAGCAAUCUGGGGCAGUUGCGGGGAAUUUUAGAUUCACCCAGCUACGCCACAGUGACCGGAUCAGCUGGAGAACUUUUCAGUUGUCUGCCCAACGGCCAGAGCCAGGUCCUGCAACGGCGACUCCUUCCACCAACCCCGGAGACUGACGGCAAAGUCGGCUAGGGAUGACCACAUGCAAUGUGACUGAAUUAGCGACAUCCAUGGAGCAAACCUCAAACAUUGGUGACGCUCGAAAACCCUACUCACUUGUCACUCAAGUUAAUGGCAAGUCAUCUGCACUCAGUGAUUCCGUUCGCGGCGGCGUUGUUGCUUACAACUCGGUCAAAGUCAAGUGCCGGCGUGAGCACUUCGAGGAUCUUCUCAACUUCGACGACCAACCUAUCACGUCCUCGCUCUCCUUUUUAGGGGUUUUUCCCCCUUCCGGCCUAUGCAGUGUCGUGUUAUCUCUCAUUCAAUUGAGAAAUAGCCUAUACAGUACGGAGACUGCGUAAUAACGAGGCGCACAGAGAGGACGGUAUCCCUGCUGAAAUCUACAAGUUUUGUGUCGACACUAUUGCGCCCUGGCUCCAUUAGGGGAUUGAGCAAACGUGGGGGGAUGUAGUCGGCCCUGGUGACUGGGACUCGAGCAUCCUUGUGCCCGUCUUCACGGAGGGCGUAGAAUUGCCUAUUUAUCUUCAAAAAUGCUAACAAUUCUUGCCGGAAAAUAGUGCCUCUUUUAUCUACAAACUUCACUGCACCCACCCUUAGAAUACGAUUAUUCUAUCUUAGGUCCCCCCGCCCUCCUGGCCGUUCAACCGUUUUCCUCCAGAGGCUUCGCUUCCGAGCCCAUUUCACUCGCAAAUCUAAAACGUGGAACAGGCGGCCGUUGCUCAUUUAAUGGCAUCAUUGCUACCGUGUUUGGCGCCUCCGGCUACCUUGGAAAACACGUUGUCUCCCAGCUCGGUAGGAUGGGAGCCCAAAUUAUCGUUCCAUAUCGGGGAGACCCGUAUUUUGUCCGUGAUCUCAAGGUCAUGGGUGACCUGGGCCAAGUGCUGUUUUGUGUAAGUUUUCUCUCCCUACGUGCUACUCCCACUUUACAAUCGGUUAGUCGACGGCACUCUAGAGCUGUGCUGUGAUGUUUUUGCUAUUUUCAGUCAUCCCUUUUAUCCGAUCUUGUAAGCCAUAUAAACCUAUUUCCUGAAGGCACAGAGAUUCGAUUUCAACCAUUAUGCCAAAUGUAUUGGAGUCCUAUUCACCAUUUCUAAGGUGUUGAACCUUGACACACAUGCGAUUUCGAGAAGGGACUUUGCGAUGUUCGGGCUUGAGUCCCACCACCUAGGUUUAAUUCGGUCUCGAGAGAACUGCAUUAAUUUUGGAACAAUUUAAUUUCAAUUUCGUCUUCGAGCACAAAAUUGGGAUCAUUUCUAUUAGUCGCUAACUUAAGUCCUUUUUUCUGUGUUGAUGAAGUUUGCUCAUCGAUCCUGUUGACCGCCAUGUAGCUGCUUUCCUACUGUUUUUCGCUGGAUCCCUUAUGCGAUAUUGUGUUUCCCAUAACCAUUAAAUUCCCACUCCUAACCACUGAUGUUUAUGACACGGGAGAACAGGUAUGAAACCAAAAUCCCCAAUGUUCGUGGCGUAGUGACAGAAAUCCCGCCGAAUUUGGACAACAGCGUGUUUAGUUUGGAACAAGGAGUCGUCCGUGCAUUCUAUUUACUUUUCAUUUAUUGACUCGGAAGUGCAACACCGCUCCCUUUUCCAGACACCUCUCACCCCUUUUUAUCCCAAAAUGUCGAUCAUUAGAUUUUCCCCAGUAAGACCUUUAUCCUUAUUUUCUAAAUCAUUCCAGCCAUACCACUUGGAAGAUGAAGACGCAAUACGCAAAUCAAUGCGCUUCAGUAAUGUGGCCAUAAAUCUCGUUGGAAAGAGAAAUAACACGCGUAACUUCACACUGGAGCAAGUUAAUGUCGAAGGCGCAGCGCGCAUCGCUCGCUUGUCUAAGGAGAUGGGCAUAGAGCGCUUUGUGCAUAUCUCUGCUCUUACACAGAAUCCAAAUCCGCAGAGAUAUGUGUGGAGACCCUCGGAGUUCCUUCGUACGAAGGCAGUCGGUGAAAAGGAGGUUCGGAGAGAACGGUCUGAUGCCAUCAUUUUCCGACCUUCUGAUAUGUGGGGCAACAGUGACUCCUUCCUCUGUUACUACGCUGCACGAGGUACCUUCUUUGUUCCCCCUUUGCUGUCGCCAGUUUCUAUCCUGCGCCUAAAGACUGAGUGGUUUUUCAACGGCGCGAUCAGCGUUUUCCAAACAUCUUCCACUAAUGAUUCUCACUUUUUGUGGUCGUCUCUUCUGCACUUUUCCGCAUCUUUUAUCUCAGUCUUUCAAAGCCUAAUGGGCUUAUUACUGAGUCCUUACGACGCUGGCAGCAAUCCACCAUAAUAUCGAAAGUUGAGGGCAGACUACAGGGCAUCUGGUAAGGACAGCUGAUCCUUUAAAUGAAUUGCAAAGAUAAGUCAUGCAGAGAUACCAGUGGUUUCUACAAGACAAGUGCACUUGAGGACUUUUUCGUAUCCGCAUGAUUCUCGUGUGCACCAUGGUAGCAAGCGGUAGGAGUUCGGCUAAAAUUCUCUUGGAUCUAGUCGCUUCUUUGUUCCACCCCUCUUUACACUCCGAUGUAAAGAACUUACGAAACUGCCAGGCGCGUUUUAAGAAUUCUGAUUAGUGGUUUUGGUACUUUUAUUUUUCGAGUGCAGCUGCCAGUCCAGCUAUCAGUGUAGUGGGUCACAUCUUCCCCACUCCCCCCCCCCCAUCCACAGAUUGCCUUUUUCAGGGUAAAAGUCCACGCAAAAGGAGAUUUGCCGGUCAACUAAAAUACUUGCUAUUUACUCAUACCCGAUUGAGAACGAAGAAGCCUUAUCUGCCACCGUCUCUGAUGAUGGGUUCGAGUGAGAAUCCGGAACGUCAGGCCAAUAAACUUCUUGUUCCAGUGGUCGCAUCUUCUUCUAAGCUGGUUUCUCUCGUCAUCACUGCAUACACCUCCAUUUUCCUUAUCGAACUCUUACUUUGUUAGGGCCCAUGCCACUUUUACUGAGUCUUUAGCCUUUUUUCGAAGUCGCACUCACCAGUCCUCUGACUCCUUCAUUUUGCCAUCUGCCAAGCAAUGCCAUGACUUUGUGUCUCGAUGUAUCUCCUAGAACGCCGCACCUCCUUCGGCACUAAACUUCGCAUCUGCCUGUGGGAACGUGGUCAGAAGACGGUCAAACAGCCCGUCUACGUUGGUGACGUUGCUCGAGGUAUUGUCAACAGUUUGACCGCCGCAGACAGUCCGGGAAAGAUCUACGAGGCUGUUGGACCUCAUCGUUAUCGCCUAGAUGAUUUGGUCAAAUGGAUCCUCUUUAACUGUCGUUACCUACCCCGUGAAGUCAGAAUUGGUAGAAUGGAUCCUUGGUUCCUGUAAGUCUGGCGCUCCGCAUUCUCGCCACUUCCCAUUUGUUUGGCUAAAUUGCAGUUUUAUUGCAUGCAUAAAACUCCCUAAGGUCUUACUGCUCUCUGUAUAGUUCCGCAUAUAGAAUCAGGUCAAAGUCUCAUAUUGUCCAUUUGAGCUCAUUCACUAGCCCGAAUCGUAACACAGGGUCUAGAGGAUUCAAACAUUACGUGACAUAACGUCGGCCCAUGAGACAUUUCCUAUGCAUAUGCCGCCACCAGGCAAUCGUACCUCGACACCAGGUGGAGACGAUCUGAGAUUCGGGUGCGCUGCUCGCCUAUUAGCCCGGUAGCGGGCUACCCGGCGCGUACAAAGGGCGCGGACAGAGGAGUAGCUCUCUGUGAGGAGUAAUUGCAAAAUAAAGACUCAAACCUGACGGAUUAACAUUCGACGUGGUCUAUUGAUCGCUGUUAGAGGCUGGAAUGACUGGAAUGGCUCGGGCGACUCUUCAAACAAUCACCUUAUUGACCGCUAUUGACCGGGCUUCCUAUCCGAAAGUGAUGAAGGGACGUUGAUCUUUGCCCAAAACCGGCUGGUUAUUACCAACGAAUGCUUCCAGCAUCGCGGCAAACAUUUGAUCUGGUAUUCAAAGGGUACUUCAGUCAGAUUAUCUGCACUAUAGUCCAAGGUUUCGUGGCCAACUUCAUAUUAGCAUAUCGACACAUGUUGUCGAACUUGUAAACACCUAUGGACUAGGACAUGCUCUUGUUCAUUCGCGCCUGAAAGUCCACCUCUCAUCCUCACCAAGACGGCUCGUGAAGGCACCUUGGUGUCGCGAAAUUACAUCGACUCCAAAUGGCCCGGGGCUCUGAGCACAAAUUUGGUCUUACUUUGCAACGCGGGUCGAAGGAGGAGGAAGUAGCAACUGGCCAUCCGCGGAUAUCUAAGAGGAUUUUCGCAACCACUCAGUGGUGCCGCAGUGAAUGGAUCAGCUCAGAGGUCGUAAGGUUGUCUGCGCGGACAGUCCGGGCGAAGUCCAGCAAUGAGGAUUCCCGCCAACGACGGGAGGUUGUUUCAAAGUCGGCUAAAAUGACAGCAGAAACUCGUGGGCUGAAAUGAUGCCCACACGAUGCAGGCCUCAGACGCUGGUACCACUCGACGAUUUCACUAGUGAUAGGUCCCCUGCAUCAAGCGAAGUUCACGACGUGGAUGGUGGUUUUGUUGUUGACAAGUCGGCCAAGAUUGAGCGUUGGUGCGAGCACAUCGAGCACCUCCUCAGUGUCGAGGGCCGAACCAUCACUCCCUGCAUCUUCGGAGCGGGGUUUUACCCCUCUCCAGUUUAUGCGCUACCACAUGACCCCCCCCCCCACCUCAGAAAUAACCAUCAAUGCAAUACUGAGGCUGUGCAGCAACAGGACCCACAGAGCGGACGAAUUGCCGUUGAAGUUUACAAGUUACGUGUCGACGCUCUCACGCCCUGAUUCCAUGAGGUGAGUGAACAAGCGUAGGGAUGACCAUUCCUGACGCUUGAAACCCGAUCAUCCUCGGAUCUGUCUUUAAGAAAGGAGACAAGGCAAAAGUCGAGAACUACCGCGGCAGUAAGUUCCGUCGGAGGCACUGUAAAGGUGUUUGCAAUUUUUACUCUCUUACGAUUUCAGGCGUGUGUAACCGGGCAAAGCCUCAAUUAGGCCGAGUUCCGGGCCGAGUGCGCCCACCAGAUACUCGCACUGGGGUACAUUCUUGCAUCCCGUUAUGGCCACCAACAAUCGAAAGUCAUAUGAUUUCUUGACCUCGCGGCGACGUCAGGCUGUGAUGGCCUACAGAAUGUAGUGUCACGGGGCGAAAUUGCUGCCGAAUAGGGUAAGGAGGACACCGUCGCCCCUUAUCUAUGCUGCUCGCAGAGCUUUCGCAUGUCUUGGGGAGUGUUUACGGACCCGUUGCACCAUCUCCGUUGACAACGUUCCGUGGAUACCAGACAACUGUCUGUCCAGUCCUCUCGUAUGUUUGUAAAUGCCGAGGUGUGUGCGUGGAAGACGACCGAAAGCUAGAGAUAUUUGACCACCGUUGCCUGAAAACCAGCCUUUGAGUGAAUUACGCCGAUCUCAUGUCAGUCAAAACAGCCUGUACCCGCCGCGGCAACAUUUUCAGGAUAUCCUUGACUAUCUCUGACGAUGGACUCCUGCACGAGUUUGAAAGCUCAGAACAACGUUCGGGUGCUCGACCAUCCUUCUUCACCUAUAUCCUUGACUACCCGAAGAGGAUGACUGGUGGGUUAGUAGAUUCUUCGUCGUUCAUCCUGUGAGUUCAGUAUUGCCGCUCUCGGUCCGACUCCGCUGCCCGCCUGGAUGCAUCAAAGAGGUAAGGUAUAAACUUGGCUCAUUUUAGUCCCUCAAGACAUGGUGGUGGUUGUCAAAUCGUUUGUGUUCAGGCUCCUCCUGGAGAAGACAGUGGGUCGAGCUUUCCAGAUCAGCUGCCGCAGAUCGUCAGGCUUUGAGAGGUACCGUUCUCGACGUCAACAAUAUAGGCUGGAUCAGCCAUGAUAACAACCGCACUAAUCACAAGUAGACUGUAGAUUACGGGUCGUGAGGGUUAAUGCCCUCGGGUACGACCAGUAACCAAUUCGACGUCUGCUAUCUAUAAAAAGGUAUCAAGCUGUAGCGGUACUAGGAUAUGACACAUAAGUUACCAACCGUCGGUUUCUGGCACAAGCCUUAAUGCGCUGUAGGACUGGAGGAGAGCGUCCACCCUCGAAUCUAGAGAUUCUAGCAAGUCUCUCAAUGUAGUUGCUGUCUGACGAUUCACGGUUUAACCGGGGUUGGACGAUUGUAUUGCGGCUCGCAUGCUGUGUUCAGGCACCGGGAACGGCAGUAAACCUGGGUCUAAUUUGUCAUCAAGAGUCUAAGUCAAACGCUUUAGCACUUGAACCGCCAACCCACUUUCUGUUAAUUUUUUGUUAUCUGAAAUGUAUAAAAUCACAUGGAAUUGGUGUCUCACUCAAUGCGACCUCAGUCAGACGAGCCAUGGUCUGCCAUAGCCGGGCGCACUGUUAUGUCAUCGGAGUCAUGAGUAGCCUCCAAUUACGUCAUCCGUUUUCUGCCCCCCCCCCCGAUCAUCCGGCCUCUUAACAAUCAGCUGAGGUGAUGACAUAAUCUGCAGACCACUGAAGGUUGCCUAGCGAGGCUUCUUUGUUCCAACUAUGUGACCUCGAAAAUCUCAUAGUCAUACUUUCCCCCUAGGUCGCGCGUGAUGGCAAAUGAAUUUUUCUCCCGUGUGAAUCCCGGCAUGUCUUUUGAACGACUGGAACACGAUAGCGCAACCGACAACCUCUCUGGCGCGCCAACUCUUCUCGAUUUGGAUGUCAAGCUGAGUAAACUGGAGGACCGAAUUCAUCAAAUCCUCUUCGUUUACCGACGUCUGAACAAUUACUGGGAAGCUGUCGGCGAAUUCCCUGAACCGCCCAACCCUCCACUGUCCCUGGUUUAG